ACAUAAUGAGAAUAGUUCUGCUCCAAUCAGUCAAGAUGAAUCUCAUGGACAUCAACAAGAUCUUCUCCCUUCUUCAGCCUGAUAAUGAGGAGGAGGAUACUGACACAGAGGAAAAGCUGGUUCUCAAUCAAGCAGUAUAUGACAAUGACUCCUAUACCUUGGACCAGCUUUUGCACCAGGAGCAUUACAAACUUUUCAUCAACAGUAGGAGUGGCUGGGGCAUUCCUGGGACACCUUUGCGUUUGGCAGCUUCUUAUGGUUACCUGAGCUGUUUGUAGGUCUUGCUGGCACAUGGUGCUGAUGUUGAUAGCUUGGAUGUCAAAGCACAGAUACCACUUUUUACUGCUGUCACUCAUGGUCAUCUGGAGUGUGUGUGUGUGCUUUUGGAAGCUGGUGCCUAUCCUGGUGGUAGCAUCCAAAACAACUGCUCUCCUGUUCUCACAGUUGCCCCUGAUGGUGCUUUUGACAUUCUUCAAGAAUUCCUGGGUCAUGGUGCAGAGGUCAAUGUCAAAGCUAAACUACAAGCUUUGACAUCAAACAUAGCUUCAUGUUCUGGUCCCCUCUAUUUGGCCACAGUCUAUGGUCACCUUGACUGUUUCCGACUUCUUUUAUUACAUGGAGCAGACCCUGACUACAACUGCACUGAUCAGAAUCUAUUGGCUCGUGUCUCACAAUCCCGCACACUCCUUGAAAUCUGCCUCCACUAUAAUUGUGAGCCAGAGUACAUCCAGUUGUUAAUUGAUUUUGGUCCUAAUAUCUACCUUCCAUCUCUCUCCCCCGAGCUGACCUUGCAAAACGAUAAAGGUACAGUAUUGCUGCUGCAGGCCUGAGCCUUUCCAAGGUCACUACUAUCACAGGCCCGUUUAAUUAUUCACAGAGCUUUCCUCCAGGCAAACCAGCCAUAUAACAUUGACCAGCUGGAUAUUCCUCCCGUAUUGAUUAACUAUCUCAAAUACCAACUAUAA